AUUAAAUCUCUUAUUUUAUAUUAUGAUUUGUCAUUGAACAUUAUUGAUAAACUUGAUAACAUCUAUUGUGCAAUACAUAAAUACAUACAUACAUACAUAUACAUAUAUAUAUACAGACACACACGCAUGUAUUCAUACCUCACAAUGACUUAAAUAUAAUAUCAAGUUUGAGCAUGAUCAGUGCAUAUGAAGCUUAAUUAAUAUAUGUAUACAUUUGAAGAAACAGUGAAAGAAUUAAAAAAUAAAAACUCUUCAACUUCUUUUAAAACAGAAAAUGCAAAUGCAAAGAAUAUUACGAAACUGCAUCUCGGUAGGAACGUUGAACGUUUAUCAGAGAUAUGGUAAUCGAAUUUUACGUUAUUAUUCGACAAAGCCAGAAUUAACAUCGAUAAGAUACAAGAUUCAACGUGGUCCAUAUUCCAUGUUAACCGACGAACAUGUUAAUUUUUUCGAAAGAUUGCUCGAUCGAAAUCGUGUGAUUACUGAUCCCGAAGAAUGCGAUGGUUACAAUAUCGAUUUUGCAAAUACUGUCCGAGGCCAAAGUAGACUCGUUCUAAAGCCGAAAACAACCGAGGAAGUGUCGCAAAUAUUAAAAUACUGUAAUGACAAUUGUUUAGCCGUUUGUCCACAAAGUGGUAAUACCGGUUUAGUGGGUGGAAGUACACCGGUAUUCGAUGAGAUCGUACUAUCCAUGAAACUUAUGAAUAAGAUCAUCGAAACGAAUGAAAUAGCAGGUAUAAUUAUUUGCGAAGCUGGUUGCAUUCUAAAAGAAUUGGAUGAUCAUUUGUCUACUUUCGAUCUUAUGAUGCCUUUGGAUCUCGGUGCGAAGGGUAGUUGUUUGAUAGGAGGCAACGUAUCAACAAAUGCUGGUGGAAUUAGACUCCUUCGUUAUGGUAACUUACACGGAAAUAUUCUCGGAAUCGAAGCUGUAAAAGCUAAUGGCGAGAUCAUAAACAGUCUGAAUGAUCUAAAGAAAAAUAACACUGGUUUUCAUUUGAAGCACUUAUUUAUAGGUUCGGAAGGAACUUUAGGUGUUGUUACAAAAAUUGCUAUACAAUGCCCAUCUAUUCCGAAAGCUGUAAAUGUCGCAUUUUUUGGAUUGAACAGUUUCGAUAACGUAUUGAAAAUUUAUCAUCUCGCCAAGAAAGAAUUGGGUGAAAUUUUAUCGUCAUGCGAAAUGAUGGAUAAAUUGUCGAUCGAAGUUUCGACAAAAUUUUUGGGACUUCAAAAUCCAUUGGCAUCUAAUGGCUAUGAUCAUGAUUUUUACGUAUUGUUAGAAACUUCUGGUAGUCAUAUGGCUCACGACGAAGAGAAACUUAAUGCGUUUGUCGAAAAAGUUCUCAAUGAUAAUAUUGUGCAAGAUGGUACUCUUACUUCAGAUACGACAAAAAUGAUGAAUAUAUGGGCUUUAAGAGAAAGAAUUAGCGAAGGUGUUUUACGUGAAGGUUAUGUCUUCAAGUACGAUGUUUCUUUACCUCUCCCAUAUUUUUAUAAAGUUGUUGAAGUUUUAAGAGAACAUUUACGUGAUCCUCGAAUUAUUAGAAUAAGUGGUUAUGGACAUAUAGGUGAUGGUAAUAUUCACGUACAAGUAUCGAUUCCAACGUACCAGGAAGACAUAGCAUCACAAUUAGAACCAUUCAUUUUUGAAUACAUUUCUAGUCUUCGUGGUAGCGUUAGCGCAGAACAUGGUAUAGGAUUUAAGAAAACUAAAUAUCUUCAUCUUAGUAGAACUCAAUCGGAAAUUGAAUUGAUGCAACAUCUUAAGUUAACCAUGGAUCCUAAAGGAAUACUUAAUCCAUAUAAAGUAUUAUAUCCUAUUAAUAUAUCUGCGUGAUUUAUAUAGAAACAAAAAAAAAAGGAUAAGAAAAUACGAUGAGAUAGAGUAUUUUAUUUUCAAUAGAUAUUUAUCUAAGAUUUUAUAGAUAUAUAUAAUCUCUUAUCUUGUAUAUUUGCGUUAAGAGAUAUUGAUACAAUUAAUAUCUACUACAACGUAGAAGUACAAAUAUAAAUAGUACAAAAUGUGUUAUAUAUUUACGUUACGUUUAAUAACAUUUACGAUAUUCUAAUAUUUUAAUGAAAUUAUGUAAACUGUUGUUUAACAAAUUCAGGGAUUUAUUUAAGAUAAAGGAAUUCUCCCUAAUAAGAAAUGUGAUCACCCUCAUAUAUAUAUUUACAUAUUUUUAUAUGUGUACAAUAGAUUUUCUUAGCUUGUUAUAUCCGUAUUAAGAGUUCAAAAAUAUGGUCAUGUUACAUAAUACAGAAACUUUUUAACAUAUUAUUGUUUAUUAUUAAAACAAUGAAUAUAGAAAAAUAUCUAUUGAGAAUGUUCUAUAAAAAAAUUUAUUUUCUUAUUAUGUGUGAAGUAUAAUAAAAAUAU